GGCCGCAUACCGACUCCAGUACCCAUGAAUCACAAACUCAUGACACUCAGCACGAGCAGUCCCGGAGAGUUAUUGCCCAGUGACCUGCCUCUGUGGAAUGACAAGAACCAACAUCCUUCUAUGCCAAACCGAAGAACUCCACUAGUUUCAAAGCAACAGAAGGCAUCUGACCUGAAGUGUAUGCCGCCAUCGCGGCAGCAAGCACUACCAUCAGCCAUAAGAUUCCAUCUCGAUAUCUAUUACGAGACAAAAUAACCAAGUAGUGUCUUCGUCACGGCUCUAUAACAGCAAAUCGCUACAAACAGCAUCUACAUUCACCGUUCUGACAGGGCAGCUGCUACUGAAGCACAACAAUCACCAUGAACUCACCUCCACCCGAACAGCGGGCUCACCAGCCCGACGAGGACGUUAUUAUGACCACACCUGGUGGUGAUGGCCCUAUUACUCCCACCAAGGGCAAGCCCGCUCCUGUCCGCCAGCUCCCUACCCCGUACUCACCCCAGAACGGCGGACUCGUGGUGACCUGGGACACAAAUUAUGGAAAUAUCAAGAGACGUCUCGAUUUCGCAAACGACAAGCCAGAUACAGCUGCCGUGGCAGCAAACGUCGAGGCCCCUUCCAAGUUAAUCAGCGAUACAACCCCGGCGGCUGGCAGAAAGGGCUACAGCGUCACUCAGCGCGACGAACACCUGGCCCGCGCAAAGACCUGGCUCAACUCGGCCACAACACCCGAGCAACUACGCAAGCGCGCCGAUGCCAUAGUAUCGGCGAUGUUCCAGGGCUCUGGGAGCUACUCCCUCGGCGGACGGGCACGGCGGGCAGACAAAGACGACGGCUACUGCUCAUGGGAGGACGAGUCCCUGUCUGAUUGGAACUCGGAGGACGAGGAGAACCUGAAGAACCUCGCACCCCGCUCCUCCUCCUCCAAGAAGACGUCGGUUCCGAAGCACAAGCUCUGGAAUCCAGCUGCGGUGCCGGCCGACGACGCGGACCUCCCGGCACCCAAGAUCGGCGAGGUGGGCAUCCAGAACGACGAGGAUCUCGAUGUAAUUACGCAGUUCCGCGAGACGCAUAACCCAGUCGUGGCCUCGAUCAGGGCAGGCAAAGUCGUCCUGCCUUACUGCGGGGCUGUUGCUCCCGGAGGACGCCAGGAUCAGGCACAGCAGACGGACGAACACUCGUCAGUGCCGGCUGCAACUGUCCCGUCGAACGCCGCUGGUACCACAGAAAUCUCCGUCCCAGCAGUCGAGGCAGUUUCAGAGACUGAAGAAGAUGAUGAUGCCCAAGUAGACGCACAGCCUGGACCCCAGCACCGCCUCACCAAGAUCCCUCCAAAGACCCUCCCAGCGGGCACCAAAGCAGCCAAGCACCUCCAGCGCCAAGCCCGUCGAGCACUCACCAAGAAACAGCGGGCCCGGAAGAAGAACAAAAAGAUCGAUCACGGCGAGACGGAGUGGCAGCCUGGUCUUGACGAUAUCCGGCGCGGCCGCCGUGGUGGUGCUGCUGAUGAUGAUGGCGUGCCGGUCCGCAGACAGGGGUCGCUGCGGGUGCAGGCUAGACAAAUGGAAGCGGCUUCCUCUCGGCCUCGCGGUGGGAAAGGCAAGGGACGUGGUGGUAGAGGUGGUGGUGGUGGCAAGGGACGUGGCGGUAGAGGUGGGAAGCGCGCGACGGAUGCGCAGAGAAGCAUGCUGGUCUCAUGAAUCCAGCACGCGUACUUGUCGUGAUGUGUGGUGGGAGACGUGCUAGAGCAUAUCCCCACUGCUCAUAUUGACUCUUGCCGUCUGGGUUCAGAGGUCCUGACGGCAAUGCAUGCUCACACUGGAACCUGAAAGGC